AUGUCAACACCCUCGCCAAGUCCUGGCUCCAAGCGGACUCGCACUGAGUCGACUCCGAGUUGUGCUCGUGUCGCUGCUGAGCAUCGCCGUCAGAUGUCAAUGCCCGUCGUCCAUACCGAGACGCCUUGCAGUGCCUGUUUCCGCGUGAGCGUUGCGAACUGGUUUGCUGCUCAUGAGUCGGCCGGUUUCCCGGUUCCGUUUGCUUUCUAUUGCAAGCAGGACACUGAUCAGUCUCGCAAGUGUGUGGGUUGCUUUGAGUCCAAAGGCAACUGUAUUCAGCUUCCUGUCGGUCUUAUAGGACAUCGUUUUGAGCUGCUUGCCGUUCUUGCAUGGCUCGCCGAGUUCUGUCGGAUCCCUGGCAUGGUACCUGAGGCUACUUCUGAGCUUGCUCUCAAGGUUCGCAACAUUAUGGGUGCUUUUUUCAAGUUGUUGGAGCAGCAUCAGGCCAAUGAGAUUGCCGACUAUGCUUCCUGGUUGGCCAACCAUCAGCCCGAAUACCGUGUCCCCCUUGGCAAUCCCGUCAAAUGGCAUUAUCUGUGGGAGAGGUCGCGUGCUUGUCCCAAACUGCAGUACUCGGAGGAGAAUGUGAACUUCUGGAUGGCCUCCUUGGCCAACUUCCACAAUAGUGUUUCCGCGGUGAUGGCUGCGCUGUUCGACCCAACUUCGGCCGAGAUUCGCAGAAUCGAGCAGCACCUUGGCGAUUUCCCUGUGCCACUUCCCCUCACUUUCUGA